CUGCUCUGAAGAUCACAGCUCCGUUGCCAAUCCAUGGAGAAUUGGUAAGUACAGGGUCAGCGGCUUCUUUCUUCUGCUCGUGGCUGCAAAUCCAAAAGAUGAGAGUAGUGGGCACAGUUCUACAGAGAUUCUCCAUUGGGUCCUCCUCCAAGCUCCCAAGCACCACCGUCUCCUCCUUUCUUCUCCUUUCUCCAAGAUGUCAUCUUCUGGGCAGGGCGGUUUCAUCUUCGGCAUUUUGGUCUAAUAAUGCUUCGCUGUUUCCGGGCAAGGAGAGAUGUGCGGAGAAGGAUCAUAUGGGCAACUUCAGAAGAAGGAUAUGGACAUCCCCUGUUGUUUGUAUGGGCCGGCGUUCCAGCAAAAUUGCUGGCAGGAAGGGAGCUCAAGAUGCCAAGAAGGCGAAGCUUUAUUCAAGGAUUGGAAAAGAAGUCGUAUCUGCUGUAAAGAAGGGUGGUCCAAAUCCGAUUUCAAAUACAGCUCUUGCUGCUGUACUUGAGAAAGCCAAGGAGCUUGAUGUACCCAAGGAAAUUAUGGAGCGCAAUAUUAAGAGGGCUUCCGAGAAGGGGCAAGAGGCCUACAUUGAGAAAAUUUAUGAGGUGUAUGGCUAUGGGGGAGUGAGCAUGGUUGUGGAAGUGUCGACAGACAAAGUAAAUAGAUCCGUGGCGGCUAUUAGAGAGGUGGUUAAGGAUUAUGGAGGGAAGAUGGCAGACUCAGGAUCUGUUAUGUUCAAGUUCAGACGUGCUAGGGUUGUGAACGUGAGAGCGAACGAUGCUGAUAAAGACCAGCUGUUCAACAUUGCUUUAGAUGCUGGUGCUGAGGAUGUUAUUGAACCUUCGGUUUAUGACGAUGAGAGUGAUGAAGAUAUGUCCCAAAGCUACUACAAAAUUGUGAGCUCGACAGAGAAUUAUGCGGCCAUAUUAUCAAAGCUGCGUGAAGAAGGAAUUGCUUUUGAGACAGAUAAUGGUUCCGAACUGAUUCCCAUAGCAAAUAUUGAGGUAGACGACGAGGCAGUAGACUUGAACAGAGAGCUCAAGUCCAAACUGCUAGAGCUUGACGACGUGGAUGCCGUUUACACAGACCAGAAAUGAUGCUCAUCGAGAGACCCUUAUCAAGCAGACUGUUCACCUCAUCAGCUGAGCUCGACCCAUAUCAUAGUUUACCACAUCCAUUUACACUCUGCAUGUCGUUUAUAGCAACAGGGUCGUCGUCGUUGUUGUCAUCCUCAGAAGUCAUCAUGCCUUUGUUUUGUCUCAAAGUGAUUGUCUUAUCCACUCUACCGCAGGCAUUCCGAUUGAUUCGGUAGGAAUUUCUAGUUGAAUAAUGCCAAUCAAUGGCCAAUGCUAUUUGCAGUGAAAAGGAUGGGGCUUUGUCAGUUUACCUUUAACGUUGAGCAGAGCUGGCCGCCGGCAAUGAUUUUCGUUUCUUACUUACCCUCUGUGUUUGACUUGAUAGUGUAUUUUAGUUAAAAAUAUCUGCGAUUUAACAGAAAGUUAGUAAUUGACAUUAUAUGCAUUCUUACAUAAUUCAUGACUGCUACAUCUUUCUA